AAUCAAAUCUUUGAAUAUGUAAUUUCGGUUGGUAGGAAACCCGGGCAUUUCGUUGAUUUUAGUUUGACUUUCUCAUGAUUUUGGAUAAGCUUUGCCGCAUUUACUAGCUUUAGCCCCAAAAGAAGGAAAAAGGUGACCGAAAAUAGUAAAAAGCUGACAUAUGACAAUUGUUGAAAACUUUGGCAGCCGCCAGUGCCAAAGCGGCAAUCCAAAUUGGGCUCAUAAAUUUUUUUGAGGCCAGAUUUAAGUAUAUCCAGGCCUUCAGCCUUCAUGUGCUAUUUCAAAUCCAAACCAACUCAGCCCAAGUUCUCUGGCGGUUUGAUAUUGGGCCUGCUUUCUUUGCCAUGUUCCUGGGAAAAAAGGGGAAAACAAUGGAUGCUAUUCUAAUCUCGUUAGACUUGCCAGGCUUGUUUCAUUGCUUUCAUCCUGCUCUUUGGUGUAGCCCGUGUGUUGUUCAUCAUCCUGGUCUUCCUCUUUGCCAUUUGCUCAGACAUUGUUUACAUCCUUUUGGACAUUGUUUGCCCUCUUUUUUGUCCUCUUCGAUUUCUUUUAACUUCAAUGGCCGCUCCUCAAGUUGCCAAUGACUCCUCUCAGCCUUCCCAAACCAAAACCGUACGGGUUGUCAUAAAGGGUAGGGUACAGGGCGUGUUUUAUAGGAACUGGACAAUAGAGAAUGCCACUCAACUGGGCUUGAAAGGUUGGGUUAGGAACAGGAGGGAUGGUUCAGUGGAAGCUCUUUUCUCUGGGAGCCCAGAGUCUGUUCAGGAGAUGGAGCAGAGGUGCCGUCGUGGUCCACCAGCUGCAAUGGUUACCGGGCUUCAGGUUUUCCCUUCCAAUGAUGAUCCUGGCACCGGAUUUGAGAGGAAGUCAACAGUCUGAUCAUCCUAUAAGUAAAGAGAUUACCCCCAUUCUCUAUAGGAUAUAUAAUCUUGUUCUUUGAGGAAUAAAAUAACCGAGCGGUUGUGAAAUACUUAUGGUUAAAUAGUAUUGAUGUUAAUGAAUUCUUAAGUAUGAUUUAUGACAGUCCUUUUCCAUUUAAAUGAAUUUUGUUUGAUGAGUAUUCUGUUUACUAAUUCACAGAAUGACAAUGUCUGAUUGUGAAGGGAGAAAUGAGUUAUGUAUAACUUUAUGUAUGCUUGCUAAACUUGAUUAUCUUAUUCUUGCUUUGACUGUUUAAGCAUAUACUGGAUUAUAUGCAUGUUUAUGGCCUGGUAUGCUAAAACUUGGAGGAUGUUUAAACUCUAUCAUCUAGUUCAUCAAUUAUUUUUAGAAUUGUAAGAACAGGCUAUAGAGGAAUUUUGGUUUGCACAAGUUGGAGUGCCCCUAUGAGCCCCAUUCUUCCAAUUUCCAAGGUAUUGUACUUAAAUAUUCCUAGCAUGUUGUAUGUUGAGUACAUGUCAGCCUCACUGUCCCUUGUGGGCCUAUGAGCUUGAUUCAUGUUUCUUUCAUAUUUAAUUGUUCUUUUCAUUCAUGUGAUAAUCUGUGAACUCUGUCUGCCCUGAGACGGAUGUAACCAGCGUACUAAAUUUCUUUAUCUCUAUUGUCUGUUAUGAUGAUUUCUUCUGUUCCAGACAUGUUAAAUGCAGUUUCCUCACAAUAUUUGAGCUUUUUUUUUUUUUUUUUCAAUUGCAUGAGGUGCUUAGGAUUGCCAACUUCACCUGAUUGUAAUAGAAGCUUCAUAAAUAGAAUUGUGCAUCUACGUGCAUCAAGCCAUGGUGCAAUGGUUGUUUCAUUUCUGUCUUUCAGAUAUUUUGCAAGCAUGUUCCAAACAAAGUUGCUAAAAUUGUAUGUUUUAUCCAGCAUAAGGUUAUCACUUUAAGAUGAGUCUAUUGUGCAGUUUAAUGCAAGUGUGAGUGAUGUCGGACAAAGUUAUGAAGUUGGGCUGGGGAAAAUUAGGGAUCUUAAGUUUUAUGCUUAUGAUUGAAAUUAGGGUCAAGUUUUGAGAAUUAACUAGGCUUUGAUUCACCUGAUAUUGGUCUGAAAGAAGGCAAGGGAAAGCUAGCUGGAAUUUUCGGUCUUAUAUCGAUUUCUCUAAGAACAAUUAAUAACUCAAAUCUCUAUUACAAUUCAUUCUACCUAUACUAGCAAGACAAAGAGAUGCAAUAGGCACACAUGAACUUAUCCUACUUGCUCUAGGUUUGCCAAAAUAAUUAGGCUUGGAAAUAAAACUCAACUAGUGUAAGCUGAAAGACUACUUAAACCAUAAUAGCUCAGCCCAAAAUAAGAUCUAGUGGACUAUGGUUACGGCUGAUUCCAGUUAAACAGAAAUUAGCAAAAUACCCCUAGAGACCAAAAAUCAAUAAACUGAUAAGAUAUUAUUCUAUUGCCUAACUAGCUACCAUGGAGAUCUUCCCCUGGACUGAAAAACUUUUUUUUGGUUGAUUAAGAACACUAGAUCUUAACCUUAGGCUUCCAAAGAGGAUGUAACUAAUUUAACCAAUCUAUUGGUGGGUUACCAAGCAGUUUCUCAUUGGAUAGCUGCAAGCUUUUUAGUUCACUUCAGAGCCUAGGAUAUAGGUAGGAUUUAUAAUCCCAUGGCAAUUUAAGAGCGGUCUUAUUAUGUUUUCUUUUUUCUCUUGACUCAUCUGGUGGAUCUGUCGCCUAGUUCUAGCUGGUGUAUAACUUGAUUUGCUCAUUGCUCUUAAGAAUAGUCUAACUUUUGUGUAUAACUUAAUUUUAUUAUUGUUAAAGCUUUCCAUUUUUUCUUGGCUCAAGUGUAAAGGUUUGAGUUGUAGAACUAUUGUAGACAUAUACCAUCUGUUUAGCUGUCUUCAUUGCAUCGCCCUGAGAGAAUACUGUCAUUGCUUACUUACUGUUGACCGAACAGUAUGUGUUUACGUAAUAAUUUACCUGGGUAAACCUCCUGUCUUAUUGCCCCGUUAGCAACAACAUUCCUAGAAAUUUUUGCUGAUUGAAUGAGAAUACUUAUUAGCUGUGAAGUGGUUGGAGGAAAGCUGUGCCUUUCUUUCAUAUGAAUCUUUUGUCUUGUCUCUAAGUAGAUUGUGUUUGCAGGUUCUAAGAGCAGACUGUUAGAAGCGUCAAGAGACAGCACAUUGCAUAUGAAAGACAGUCUGUUCUAAGCAGACUGUUCUAAGUAGAUUGUGUUUGCAGGUUCUAAGACAGCACAUACUUAUUAGCAGGUUCUAAAGCACAUUGCAUUCAACUAAAAAUAGGGGGUGCAACUUAGCUGACAAUUUAAGAAGCGUCACAUGGGAAAAGCACCUAUGCUAUGGUCCCCUAACAACUUCUCCUUCAUUUUAUCUACCAUUUUCUAGGUACAAAAUGCUAUAUAUGUAUCUGCAUUGCCUACACAGAGCCUCAAAAUUGAUCGUGCAAAAUUUUGGUACACCUAAGUGACUUGGCCAUGGG